AUGCGCUCUGUUAUUUCUCUCCUUUUUGCUACCGCAACCACCGUUCUUGGGCACGGUUAUGUUCAAGAAGUUGUCACAUCGUCCGGAACAUACACUGGGUACCUUCCUUACAGUGACCCAUAUACCAGUCCUGCACCUGAGAGGGUUAUUCGUAAGAUUCCUGGUAACGGUCCUGUUGAGGAUCUCACGUCCAUCGACAUCCAAUGCAAUGGCUGGUCAUCGGGCGGAGUGGCUGGAUCUGUCCCUGCAGCUAGAUGGCGGUCGCUGCAGCUGCAACGAUUGACCGGAUACAGCAACUGGACAACCUGGCCUGACUCUCAUGUCGGCCCUGUCAUCACGUAUAUGGCACGCGCACCAUCCGACAUUACUAAGUGGAAUCCUGGAAAGGAAGCGGUUUGGUUCAAAGUUGCUCAGCAAGGCUAUGAAAAUGGGAAGUGGGCCGCCACAGACAUCCUGACCGGCGAAAAUAACAGCAUUGCUCGCUUCACAAUCCCUGCCUCUCUUAAGGCUGGGCAGUACCUCAUCCGCCACGAGAUUAUUGCUCUCCAUUCCGCUUAUGCCUAUCCUGGUGCUCAAUUUUACCCGUCCUGCAUUCAAGUAGAGGUCACCGGCUCUGGCACCGAGACUGGUCCUUCCGAACUUGUUGCUUUCCCUGGAGCCUACACCGAGACUACACCCGGGAUUGUAUUUGACGCAUACAAAGGGGCAGCGUAUCCCAUCCCUGGCCCUGCCGUUUGGACUGGAGGUGCUGGAUCUCCUGCUAGCAAUGCACCCGUCGCUGCGACUAGUGCUGCAUCAACGCCGGUUCAGAAUACCAGUGUUGGCACCCCCACCACUGCCGCCGCUGGCACUUCUAAAGCACCUUCAAGCACAGCUGCUGCGCCUUCAUCUACUUCCCCUGCUUCGCUCCCAUCCUCAGCAUCAACAUCAGGAGCCGUGGCACAAUAUGGUCAAUGCGGUGGAACGGGCUACACUGGGCCUACUGCCUGUGUAUCUCCAUUCACCUGCAAGAAGAACAACGAUUACUACUCUCAAUCACGUGAGACCGAGUUCAUCACCUCAUACCUCGUUCACCCAUCCCAACCCGCGAACCCAUGGCCGGAACAACUCCUGGUAGACAAAAAAUCUCCAGACGGUCAACCCAAAAAGACCGCGACCAAAAUCAUCUCGAACGAAACCGAAAUAGCCGAAGCCAACCCUAACGGAAAUAUAGUCCAUAGUUUCUCAGAUGGACACGCCGGCAUACUGCGAGGCGUCCCGAAAGUAGGGCUUGGCUAUAUCGUGAAAUAUGGGAGAAAAAUACUAGCAGACGAAUCACGUAGCAUCGGACCGAGGGCGAACAUAUACGACGCGGAAAUGCUAGGCAUCACUAUGUGCCUAGGCAGAUCCGUCCAGAUCGCUGAACAAGUCCAAGCGUCGCAGAUCAUCAUAUAUUGCGACAACUAA